AUGCCACGCCCGGGAGCGAGUGAAGUGACGUUCGAGCUGUGCGUGGAGGCCCCCACGAAAGACGUAGACGAAGAAAAACUGAAGACCCUAGCGAAAGAGCAGAAUGGCAGUUACGAAGAUACGAACGGUGAUGAACAGGGGAAAAAGCUAAACGAUGUAUUACUAGGAUUGAAUUAUCAUAAAAAAAACGUCACCAAUGUUACUCUCCUGUCACUUAUUAAAGAUGCAACGAUCAGCUUUGUAGCAGAGUUAGAAGACGAGCUAGCCAAUUACUUGCAGAAGGAGGGAAACGAAUUUAAAGAGGCAUACGCAAAAAGUAUGAAAUUGAAGAGAGGAAAAGUUCUCGGAAGUUACAAAAACGGCAUGAUGCUCAAUAGUCAUCUCAACUUAGAUCUCGGAUUCGAAUAUAAUUUAAAUACAAAGUUGGGAAGAAAAUGCAAGUAUAGGAACCUGCAUCACUAUCACAACCUAUUCGUUGUCUUACUAAAGAACCAUUUUUUCUCCAAAAAUUUUUUACGCAAUUUAAGCGAACAGAAUUUAUCACACAGUGUAGAUAUUCGAAUCAGUGUGAAAACGUGGCUAAAUAAUUCAAAGUCAAUUUUGGUCCUGACUGUACACAAAAGGGAGAAGCAUGUUGGGAACAUCCACCUGAUUCUUUAUCCCUCGAAGAAGGUCACCUCGAGUCUGCUACAUGUGUACAGAAAGUGUUAUGCAGGCAUAGUGGAGAAGAACCCCACGCAGGUAGAGGAAAAAACGAAUGCGGGGGAGACCAAAGGGAAGAAAAAAAAAAAUGGAAAAAACGCCAAGAAUGGAAAGGGGGCAGAUAAGGGAGCGGAAAAGGGAGCAGAAAAGGAAGCGGAAAAGGGAGCGGAAAAGGGAGCGGAAAAGGGAGCGGAAAAGGGAGCGGAAAAGGGUAGCGGCGGACGGGCAAUCAAAUCGGGAGAAAAAACACAUGCAGAGGAAGAUCAACUGAGGAAAAAAAUAAAAACUCUGUGUACUAGAAGAACCAUUUUGAAAAGGUUUAUACUCACGGAGUGUCACCUGAUCGAGUGCGACAAUGUAAUAAAAAGGAGUGUUGCCAAUGUAGAUGCGUACAGGCAAGCUGUUAAAUUACUCAAGUUAUGGUGCCUUAACAGGAGAUUAUUGCAUAGUUUUUCCACUCGGGAUGAAAAGAGUGACAACAAACUUAAACAGGGAGAGAGGUGUAAAAUUGGCAGCUUCUUCCACUACACGGAUAUUAACUCCUUUGUACUGGGACUGAUCUGCAGCUACGUCUGUUAUGAACAGAAGCUGGAGAGAUGCGACGCCUUCCUCAUUUUUAAGAAAACAAUUAGCUUCUUAAGCAGCAUGGAUUUGUGUCGUUAUGUGUAUGGAUAUCAGAACGGAGUGUUUACUUCUUCGGAGAGAGAGAAGGGGAGCUGUUCAUCAGGACCAACAGAGGGGCCACACCUUUUUUUGAUUAAUUCAGUGUAUGACCCAUUUCAGUCCAUUUUUUUCUCGCUGACUGAACUGAUUGAGGAAGCGAAGAAGGCAGAGUACUCUCUGCGUUGCGGAAGAAUAUACGAAUUGUUGGCAGCGAAUUAUGAGUGCUUCUCCGUGAACUACGAGGAGGAGUUGAUGUUCCCCCUGCUGGUGAGCAACCACCUACACAACUACAACGAGGUGGUGAUGGCCUUGCGGCGCAACUUGGUGCGCGGCUUGGCCGACCGCUUGGGCGAGGUGGCCGUCCGCCUGGUGCGCUUUUGCCUCCACGAGGGGGAGGCGGCGGGGGAAGCGCAGGAGGAGCAGGAGAAGCAGGGGGAGCACGUGGGGCAGGUAGCGGGUGGGGCGAACGGGUACAACGGAGCCGGUGCUACGGGUGAGGAGGGCCGCCGCGCCGCCAACCCGGGCAGCCUCCCGCAGAGCCUCUUCCACGACGUGCUGCUCACGUGUAAGCGGCGCCGAGGAGAAGCUGUGGACCCCGCGGCGGCUGGGCAAAAGGAUGGAUCGAAGAAAACCCUACCGAGGGAGAAAACCCUACCGAGGGAGAAAACCCUGCUGAGGAAGAAAACCCUAAUAGGAGUGACCUUCUUCCUGAAGACGAACAACGUCAUGCGGCUUAUGGAUAUCUCCAAGGAGCUGUACACCCCCGAGGGGACCUCCGCAUUUAAACGUUUCUGGGGAGACAGAGCAACCAUUAGGAGAUUCGAAAACAACACCAUUUUUGAGGUGGUUCAGUGGAAGAGGCCCGCCACGAGAUUGCUUAGGAAGAAGAGAGCCCUCUCAAGCGGUGUGGCAAGCGGUGUGCCAGGCGGUGAUGGCAGCGAAAGCGAGGAGGAGGACCAGAACGUGGGGAACCCCUUCUUUGAGGUCCUGUUCAGUCAGCUGUACGAGGGAAAAGCCCCAUCAGUACACGUGCAGGCAAUUAAGAGUAUCCUACGCAUGCUGAGGUACAACGAAGCAGCCAGUCUGCAGCAGGGACUACACGAAAGAAUUAACUCUCUAAAAAAUGAUGACGCAAUUCACCUCUGCAGUGGGAAAAAGGUAAAAAAAAAAACCUUUUUCGUGUAUCUCUCCUCCCCAUUGUUAAUGAAAGAUGCACAAUUCACCUACUAUAAAAAUAUUAGCGAUUUAUACAACGAAGUGAAAAAUAUUUUGUACAGUCUGAGUGAGAAACUCUUUACUGUAUGUAACGUUACCAGCUCGAGUGAUUUACUCAAAAUGACAGAUUUGGGAUAUAAAAAAAACCAAAAAAAAAUAAUUGACAUUGUUGUUGAUAUAAAAUUCAAUAGUGUGAAUUACAAAAACGCACAGAAUUUCUUUCGUAUAUAUGAAAGUGCUAAGGGGAUAAUAUGUAAUAAGAUAUCUAUCGAGGGAAAAAAAUUUUUUUCAAAAGUAGAAAAUAAAAAUUUUUGUCUUGAUAUUUCCUCGAAGUUAAUUCUGUUCAGACUGCAUAUUUUUGUAAGUAAAGUUAUGGAGAGGAAUCUCAUCCAGGUGACUAACCUCGAUGAUGUUAGAAUUGAGAAUGUAGAUUAUAUGAAGAAGAUAAAGAAUUAUAUUUUUAAACCGUUGGUUUCAUCAUUUGUUUAUUUUUAUUCAACUAAAUUUUCAUCCUUUCAUUUGUCUGUGAAGAUAUGCAAGCUUUGGUUUAUGUCCAAGGGUAUAUGGUGCUGUGAUGAGUUGGUAGAGAACGUACUUUUUUACAUAUACACGCAAGAGUUUAGAAUACACGCUAGGAGGAAUACUUUUUUUUUGCAGAAAGGUCUACCAGGAAGCAACACCCCACAUGCACAGUUCCUACGGUGGAGUAGUCUUUACAGGAGAAUCACCCGUGCGGAGAAGGCGGAACAGCGUAUCUACUACCGUGCCCUCUGCGAGAGGGAGAAAAUCUCCGUGGGGGGAAAUGCCACAGGUGUCACCAGCGCAAGUGAGAGCGCGGAGGAGGACAACAGCCCUCUUAUCAUCAGCACUCCCUCGCAGAAGGGCCCAGUGGAAAUGAGGAAGGACGGUCCCAAAGCUGCUGCCUACAGUGCUAAGGGAAAAAAGGGAAACAACAACGUACAUCAGAUAGGCAAGUCGAAGAAGGAAGACGUCUCAUCAGGAACGAUAGCAGCAGCUGACACAUUGGGUGACCCCCUAGAUGCCAUUGGUGGAGGAGAUGAAUUCUUGGACUCCUUUUCGAUAUGCCCCAAAACGACACUAAUUACAUUCUUGUCCUUCCUCGUUAGCUACGAUUGGCAGAACAAGCCCCUCAUCAUGGACUAUGACAACUGCCUCAAGGAGGAACAUAAAAUUAAAUUAAUAAACUCCUUUCAUGCGAGAAAAAAAAAUAAGCAAGUGAACAAAAAUUUUUGGAUCUGUUCACUGUAUGACCCCCACUGUCUGCUCAUCAAUCUACCCCACCAGUUGUACGACCUUAUUCUGUCCGAAGCGAGGAAGUCUCUCGAAAUGAUAAAAAAAUUGGAAAAUAAUUUUGAGCGGGAGAAUUGGAUAUCCCUUUUUCUCAUAGAGAGAAGGAACUACGAUAUCAUUUUGAAUUUCCACCGUCCGGAGAAGUCCCUAAGUUUGUUGAAGCAGAAAAUAAGACAUGCGGAAGAUGCGGGGGGUGUUGGAGGGGGUGCGGCAGGGGACACAGCAACGGCGGGGGGGUGCAGGCCGGCUCGAAUCCACCCA